GGUGAGCUGGGCGCCCCAGUCCAGCCGGAGGAGGAGCAUGGGAGGACGGCGUGCGGGGCUCCUGCUGGCGUGGGCCUGUGGGCUCCUCAGUGCCAUCAGCACCGAAGAUUAUGACGUGCCAACUACAGUUUAUGAUCUGCCAGUUGCUGAAACGAUGCCUUACUUUCCAGAAAUGAAAGAUGGCAAGUGUGUCUUUCCGUUCCGCUAUAAGGACAACCUGUUCUACGACUGUGUCAAGUUCAAGGCCAAGCACAAAUGGUGCUCCGUGACGGAGAACUUUGAAGGCUACUGGAAGUACUGCUCCGAUGAAGACUUUGCAAAAUGUGUGUUUCCCUUCUGGUUCAGACGCACCAUCUACUGGGGAUGUACCGACGACUCGGAAGCAUUUGGGAAACGAUGGUGCUCACUGACCCCGAAUUUCAACAAAGAGAAGGUCUGGAAGUAUUGCGAUGACAAGUACUUGCCUCAACCCUGAAGGGGUGCACGGACCCUCAGGGGAGCGAACCUACAGUGUUUGCUGGGGAGGGGAGGAGAGAUAGGAUGCUCUCUGAGAUGCGAUUUGAAGGGGAUCCGGCUGGUGGAAAUGAGAAGUAGUGAUGGAUGUUACUUCCUGGCCUGGCCAAACAUAGGUUUUCCUCCAAAGUCUUCCAGACUCUCUUGGUCUUUGUCUAUCAGCAA